UAAGCUGGAAGGAAAAGGACUGGCCUUAGGAAUUAUGUUUAUACAUUUAUUUUCUUGGUGAGAAACUAAGCACUGAGAGAGAGCGAAUUCAAGAGAAAUGUCAACCAGAGCAGCAACAAUAUGUGACCUCAGAGUUGUUCUUCUUGGUGGGAGAAACUCUGGGAAGAGCGCAGUGGGCAAUGUACUUCUAGGCAGUGAGGAGUUUGUCACCACAGAGCGGACGACGUGCUCAAGGAGAGUGGGAGAGGUGGCUGGGAGUCGGGUCACUGUGGUGGACACACCUGGCUGGUGGUGUGACUUCAGCGUGCAGGACACACCACAGCUGGUGAAACGGGAGAUUAUGCGUAGCGUCUCUCUCUGCAGCCCGGGACCGCACGUUUUUCUCAUUGUUGUGAAGGCCAGCUCAGUGUUCUGCGAGAAACGUCGCAGGGCUUUAGAGGAGCACCUGGCCCUCCUCGGUGAGGGGGUGUGGAGUUACUGUUUUGUCAGUUUCACUUGCAGUGCGUGGUCUGGACACACGCCUAUGGAGCAUGGGAUUGAGAGAGGAGACAGUGCCCCCCUGUGGCUGGUUGAGAAAUGCGGCCGUAGGUAUCACUGUCUUGACACGACGAGUAGAACAAGUGGCAGUCAGGUCACCGAGCUGUUCAGGAAGAUCCAAAGACUGGUGAUAGAAAAUAGUGACGGCUAUUUUAAAAUGGAGGGAACGCUUUUACGAGAGAUUGAAGAAAAGAAAAAGACAGUGGAGCAAAAGGCGGAGCAGAGACUGAUAAAGGUGCAGAAACAGAGAUCUCGGCUCAAGGGGGAGUCGCGUAGUCUCUCCAACAUCAAAGUGGUGCUAUGUGGAGCCAGGUGGUCCGGCAAGAGUUCAGCAGGAAACACCAUCUUGGGUGGAAAAAUCUUUGACGUCAAGAGAAGAACAGCCCAGUGCACCAUGAGAGCAGGAGAUGUUGCCGAGAGACAAGUCACUGUGGUCGACACACCAGGCUGGUGGAUGAACUACUUCUCUCGGGAAAGUCCCGUCUUCGACCAGCGGGAGAUUGCCCGCUGUGUUUCUCUCUGCCCCCCCGGUCCCCACGCCAUCCUGCUGAUGGUGCGUGUAGACAGGUCCUUCACAGAGACCAACAGGAGAGCGGUGCAGGAGCACCUGGAGCUCAUCACAGACACUGCCUGGGCUCACGCCAUUGUCCUGUUCAGCUACGGAGACUGGCUGGGAGACACGACCAUCGAGCAGCACAUCGAGAGCGAGGGGACGGCCCUCCAGUGGCUUGUGGAGAAGUGCGCCAACAGGUAUCAUGUCCUCAACAACAGGAGCAGUUCGGGAUUUCAGGUCAGCGAGCUGGUGAAAAAGAUCGAGGAGCUGGUGGCGUGCAACGGUGGCCGCGUCUGCGAGGUUGAGGAGGCCAUUCUGCAGAAACUGGAAGAGAAGAGGAGGGUAGAGGAGGAGAGAGCAGCGCUGAGACAAGCAAGGAGGCUGGAACAAAGAGAGACUGACAGAUCUCUGUUGGGGCAGCUCCACUGUCCUUCAGAACUGAGAAUAGUGCUGUUGAGUGGCUCUAACACAGGCAGGAGCUCUGCUGGAAACUGCAUCCUGGGCUGGGAGCACUUUGAAGUGGGGAACCACGCCACUGUCUGUGUGGAAGGACAAGGAGAAGUCACGGGGAGGACCGUGACGGUGUUGGACCCACCUGGCUGGCUGUCUGUGGGUCCUGAUCACCUGGAGUCUCCUUCUGCCUCUGGGGCGACUGUGUUCCUGGUGGUGGUGAAUGUGAGCUCCUCUUACAGCCACACUCUCUGGAGAAGAGCCGAGAAACACCUGGGGGGGCUUGGAGAGAAAACAUGGAAACGAGCCAUGGUCCUUUUCACCUUUGGCGACUGGUUAGGAGAUAGUACCAUAGAGCAGCGCAUUGAGAGCGAGGGGGAGCCACUCCGGAGUCUGGUUGAGAGGUGUGGCAACAGAUAUCACGUGUUGGACAGCAAGAGGCUGGGCGCUGGUGCACAGGUCACAGAGCUACUGGAGAAGAUAGAGGAGAUGCUGGCGGUGGAGAAGCUGAAGCUUCUACAGGGAGGAGAACAGGCGGGAAAAAGUCUCACGGUAAUGCAGGACCAAGAGAUGGAUGAAGUCAUGAUACAGAGAAAGGACAUUGACAAUCCUGGAGCAAACGAUCCAGAGACCCCCGCUCGUGAUGAGCUCUGUUUUAUUUCAGGGAGCGAGGUUGCCAGGUCAAACGACCGUUUAAACCAAUACGAUCAAAGAGCCCUAGAGAUUGCUGAACAGGACUUGGCAUUACCAGAGGCCAGAAGAGGAGAGAAAACAAAAGAAAACCACUCCAUUGUGGAUAUGGAGGGGUUUCUGCUCAGCAUGGCCAGUGUGCUUCAGAGGAAUCAGGAAGAGCUGAGGUGGAACAUGGGAAGCAGACAGCCACUAGUUGUGAACCUCACAGAUUGGCUCCAGACUGUAUCAACACAGGGCUAUCAUGUGAGACAGAAUGGACAGAAAUCUAUAAACCCUGUCAGCAAUCUAUUUUCAGGACACCAAGCUGUCCUCCUGCUUAUACCAGUGGAGCAACCCCAAGAACCAGAAAGAAUGCUGAUGGAACAGGAAAGCAGCAUGAAUAUGCAAUCUAUUGCACACAACAGGGACUGGGUCCUUAAGAAGAUUGGACGAACAGGAGGCCUGCAGGCCCUGAUUGAUCAAUGGGGGAACAGUAACUUGGAGGAGCUUGAAUCAUUCAUUGACUCCUAUUUUGAGAUGGUGUGGAAAGAAACUAUGGGGUCUUUCAAGGUAGAGGAGGACUGUGAGCUGGGUGGUGUUAUGGAUGAUUCUGUGGAUGUAGACAGCCAGGAGGUCCUGUCAUCCAUUGACAAGAAGCUGUCUAAGCUGGAUAUCCUGGAGGGCAUGCAGAGAGACCUGCUAGAGCUCAGACAAAGCCUGGAUCACAGCUGUAGCAUCAUACAGGAACUCAGUAAAAAAAGUAAAACAACACAGAAGUCUGCUGUGCCCAUUGACGGAGGUCAGGCAGACAGGGAGGAAAGUUACUACAGAGAUGUUCAAUAAUGACUUUAACUGUGAGUUAUAGAUUGGCUUGAUAUAUCUUUAUCCUUAUUUGAUAAAGAUGCAGUCUGGGAACUUUGCAAUUGACAAAAAUACAUUUUGAACUGCCGCAUAUUGGGCUGGAUGUGUAAUAUGUUGUUUAUAUGUUUAUAAUCUAUUAGUAGAAUCCCAUACUUUAGUUAGCCAUACAAUUCCAGAAAGUAUGUGGUUUUAAUGCCAUUGGGCACCAAUCAUACGUACAUAUAUGAUAUAAAAUUAUCUUUGGUGACCCUAUUAAUGCGUGCUAGUAUAUUCAGCCAAGUGUUUGUGACUGUAAAUUAUAAUGUGAUUCCACAAGGGGGAGCCCUCUAACAAGCAAUUGUGGGGGCUUUCUCUUCUGUCUUCUGAUAAAUUAGUCGUCUUAUUUUUAAAACUAGUGUUGGUGGAUCUAGUCCUGAUGUUAAACAUUAAAUCACUGCAUUAUUAUGGCAGAUACCUGUCAUUUACAUCAGUUACUGUAUAACAUUUUCCAGAUAAUUUUCAUUAUCUAUUUUAGGCUUUUAUAGAGAUCAUUUGAGGGUCCAAAUCAAGGAGCAGAUUUCAUGUAAUGAAAGACCCAUUAUUAUAUUCAUGAAAUAUAUCCUGAAAACAAACUAAGUAUCUCUCCAUCGAAAGGGAGACUUGACAGAGGGCUUGUGUCUGGUCAUGGGAUGCCUUGUUUGAUUGAGUGAAUAAAGAACUGACAGCAAAAUAGAAGAGAUGAAUGAGAGUGCUGUCAACCUUUCAGGUGGGGAGUAAAACACUUCUCCAGUGCUGUGGUGACUAGCUGCAGGUGUGAUAGCUUCAGUGCAAUGGCUAAUCCCUCUACAGCAGAAUCACAAAAUGCACAGUAAUACUGGAUGGAAAUUAUGUCUACACAUUAGGAAUUGACCACUCAUAAGU